UAAAUAAAAUAUAUUAUAUAUAAAGGAAACAGUUUUGAUUUCGUCAUAAAUUCAUAAAAAUGUGAAUGUGAAAUUGUUUUCAAACAAGUGUGAGUGGAACGAUUCUGAGCAGUUUGCAGCCUUUUUUUUUAUAAAUUAAGAUGUAUGUCUGGAUUUCAAAUAAUACUCCUGCCAAGCUAAAAAAGGUAAUACCGGAAAAAGGUAGUUAUUGCAUCAAAAAUAAAACACCUGUUUCUUUGACAACCCUAUGUACGUGAAUACCAUUUGUGCCUGAGUACAGAAAAAAGUCCCAAAUGGUCAACUCAAUAAUCGACAUGUAUACAGAGAAUUUUUGCGCAUGCGCAAAUAGAGCACCGUCUUCGUCCUUUUGAACACUUGACGUGCAAUUUACGGACCUAUAAUUUUAUAAAAUUUUACUGUAAUCUUUACCUACGUAUUACAAAUAAUUUAUUUAAACAAUAAGUAAAAAUACUUGCAAAGUAUUGUGUUUGACGAAUUAAGUACAUAUCGGUACAGACCAAAAACAUAAUGCAAUAAAUUUCACUACAGAAAAUAUUGAUUUUAAAUUUCUUCGCAUAAAAGUAAAUAUUGAAACAAUCGCAUAAAACUUCUCGAAUCCUACCAUCCGAUAUAAAGACCUACAAAUUUUUAAAUAUAUAACACAAAAUAAUUAUAUUAAUCAAAACUCGGGUCAAGAGUCCUUAUUAAAUAUUUUGAGUAAAAAGUGAAUACAUAUAUAAUAUGGGUUGCUUAAGUAGUAAAGACCGUUUAACCAAAGAAGACAUGGAGUUUUUGAAAACCCACACCCGAUAUGAUGAAGCCACUAUUAAAGAGUGGUACAAAGGUUUUAAGCAAGACUGUCCGAAUGGGCGUUUGACACCUGCAAAAUUCGUUGACAUGUAUAAAAUGUUUUUUCCAUCUGGAAACGCAGAAGAGUUUUGCGAUCAUGUUUUCAGGACAUUUGAUAUGGAUAAAAAUGGAUAUAUUGACUUUAAGGAAUUCCUUCUUGCCAUAGAUGUAACGUCGAGCGGAACUCCCGAGGAAAAGUUGAAGUGGGCUUUCCGAAUGUAUGAUGUUGAUGGCAAUGGAGUCAUCGACAUACAAGAAAUGACCAAAAUUGUUCAGGCAAUCUAUGAUAUGCUAGGCGCAUGCUCAUCUAAUCGUCCCGCUGACUCGGCAGAGGAACGUGCAAAAAAUAUUUUUGCUAAAAUGGAUGAAAAUAACGAUGGUCAAUUAACUCAAGAUGAAUUUUUAAAAGGAUGUUUGCAAGACGAAGAGUUGUCUAAGAUGCUAGCACCAUAAACAUAUAUAUAUGCUAUAAUAUGUGUGUAUUUGAUGAAAUCAGUAAUGAAAUGUAUAAAUAUUUAAUUUAUAGUCCUUAUAUUAAAAUUAUAUAAAAAUACUCAA